CCAUAACUUGAUGAUACUUGUAGAUACCGUCGGUAUCUAUCAUCAAGUUAUAAUUGAGUUAUGCAUCUUGAGCCUUAAAGUUGCAAAUUAGUGUUUCAUUUGCAUCCAAAAUCUUGUUGCAGUAAAAGAUCUAGUUUUCAUCUGAUUUGUGUAAAAGAAUCGAGAGUUUACUUUAAUUGUGAUUUGAUAAUUUAUGGAUCCUGUAUUCAUAAUAUUGAAAGGAGAUGAUUACAUUGAAAGUGAUCCUUAUUGUCAACAGUUACAAGAAAGUGGUUAUUUAUCGUUUCAAGUUCCUCCAUUAUCUUUUGAAUUCGUCAAUAUUGAACAAUUGACUGCAAGAUUAUCUCAAACUGACAGUUAUUGUGGUUUGGUUUUAACUUCGACAAGGGCUGUGGAGGCCUGCCAAAGAGCUUGUGCCAGCGACAGCAAAUUAUUCAAUGUAGUUGCAGCCAAAUUAUUAUUUCCAGUUGGUCCGAAAACUUUUGAGGCUCUCAACGCGGCAUUCAACUCAAGUACUAUCGAUGAGCAAAUCGUCAACUCUCUAGGUUCUGCUGAAUCACUUGCUUCAGCGAUAGUUAAAAAUUUUAGUGAUCCAAUAAAAAGUUCCGGAAAACCCCUGUUAAUGCCAUCCUCAUCAAUUGCCAAAGAAACGAUUCCAAGCAUUUUAAGUGAAAAAGGAAUCCAAGUUGAUUGUUUUGCCUGUUAUCACACCUGGCCAAACCCGAAUCUAAGUCAAAAGCUUGCCCAAUUGCUCAUUGAAAACAAGGGAAAAAAUAUUUUCAUGGUUCUGUUCAGUCCUUCAGGGGUUGAUUCGCUUAGAAUUGCUUUGGAUAACUUAUCAACAGGUGUAGAUCGAAAUCGAUUUAAAUUUAUCGCCAUUGGAAAAACUACAUCAAAAGCUCUGAGCGAUUUGAAUUGGCCAAUAUUUUGCGUCUCUGAGAAGCCGAAUCCGAUUUCGCUCUACCAAUCAAUUGCAGCGGCCAUGGACAAGGAAUGAAUAAGUUCAAGUAAUGAUGAAUAUUAUGGAACCAGAGCAGUGAGGAAAUCAUAGAAUCAAAAGAUCCAUUUUAAUGUUGAUUAUUGAUGAACAAUGAAAGUAAGCAUAGGUCAGGAUAGAUUUAAAAAUUUCUUGAGAUAUAUUUGUUAUCGGAUGUGUUUACAAAUAUAAACCAUAAUAAUAAACUAAUUGUUGUAGUUUUCCAUUGAUUGGACAUGGAUCAGGGAUUGAAAUCUAAAUUAAUCUGACUGUUUUUAAAGCACAAAAAAUAUCAAAUGAUAGACUUUCAAUGUCCCAAUUGAUGAGCAAAAACUAAUGAAAUAGGAUUGUUGGGAAAUAAACAAGAAGUCAAAUUAACUAUCAUUUUGUUCCGGAGAUGUUUCCAAUAAUUAAUUUGUUCACCCCAGUUCAUCCAAUACUUUUGAUUCUUCCUUUCUCUUUCUCUCUUUUCCCUUUUCCCUUUUGUCUCUGUCGACAUUGUGAUUAGUCUAAUUACCAGUGUUUCAUUCCUAAUGAAAAUUCAUCAAUCUGGGUCAACUUUUGAUUUAUUUGAGCCAUGAAAUGAUUGCAAACAAUAUUUGAAUAUGGUAAAGAGUGUCGUUAGACCAGCUCGAACCGCUUUCAUCUUCUCCAUCACCUAACCUACUCUUCUUCGAUCAUCAGGAGUACCACCACCAUCUUCAAUCCCCCACGCUAUUCUGUGUCGUCCUUUCAUGUAUUUCCUUUGUCAUCCCCUGUCUUUCAAAGGACAUUACCAUUUCUCUUGAUGUUCCCAUUUGCCAUUUUUUCAGUAUAAAAAGACUAACAAAUUAGCAAAAUGUUUAUCUGAUUCAUUAACUGGAAUAUCUGUGUGAACACAAUCGGCAAGAAUCCGAGUGAUUAAAUUGAGUGAAAAUGAAGACAACAAUCAUCGUUAUUGCUCUAGCAACUCUUGUUGCCAUGAUUGAUGCUGCAUCACCAAUGAGACGGCAAAGCCAAUGUUACCGAUGUGAUUAUGCUGAUUGUAUUAGUUACUCUCAUGUUUGUGAUGGAACCCGAGACUGUUAUGAUGGAUCAGAUGAAUUUGGCUGUGAAACAUACUGCCCAUUCCCAGAGUACUACAGGUGUAGUGAUACUGGUCUCUGUAUGGAUUCCUAUCAUGUUUGUGAUGGAAGAAGAGAUUGCCGAAAUGGGGAAGACGAAGCUCCAUACAAUUGUCAGCUCUACACAGCCAAAGGAAUUGAGCAAAAUGAUCUCAAAAAGAAGCUUGCUCGAUCUCUUGCUAAUUAGUUCAAGUAGUGAAAAACAAAUCAUCAAUGGAAAGCAAAACGGGUGGCAGUGAACAACGAGUAGCUUAUCUAUUGGAUACCAAUAACAAUCGUUCUGGUUGAUCCCAUUUAAUAUCAAAAGAUUCAAGUAAACACUCAUUUUCCAAGCCAUAAACACUUUUCCAUUUCAACUAUUCACACCUUCAAGACUAAAAUUGCACAAACAACACUCCAAUAAAACUCGCACAAUUGUUUUUCUGAGAUAAAACUGAGUAAUAUUUUGAAACAUGACCUCAUAAUAAAUUAUGAUUUGAAAUGCUGUUUUUCAUGAAUAAAGUACAAGAAUGGUAUAAUUAAAAUAGUUAACUUUCA